GUCCGGGCGCGGCGCUCGAACUGGCAGGCCGGCGCCGAGCUGCGGCAGCGCGCGGCGGCCCACGCGGACCCCACACCGUAGCGACCCGCGCGUCAGACAGUCCGCGGCCCGCAGCGGGCAGGCACCAGGACCGCGACCACGGCCCCCGCCGCGGGGAGGACGACGGCGACCAGCAUGACGACACACGGGCGCGCGUCCGCACGUCAGGUUGACCCCGGGUGCGACUCCUAGCGGACUCGGCAGCACCUCGCCGCCAUGGCCGCGCCGCCGCGCUACCCGCCGGCGCGGUCCGACCUCAUCCUGGGCCUGUCGGACGACGAGGAGGAGGACGACGACGAUGAGGAGGCCCUGGACGACAGCAGCGCGGGCGGCAGCGGGCGCGACGUGGGCGCCGAGGGCCUGUCGACCACGCCGUCGACGUCGUCCGAGUCGGGCGGCAGCAGCCUGGAGGCGCGCAGGACGCCGCCGCGGCCGCGGGUAGCCAAGCGCUCCCUGCGCGGCGAGCUGCUGGAGCGCUGGCCCGGGUGGACGUCCCCGGCCAGGAAGCGGCUGCGCGCGGCCUCGCCGGCCAGGACCGCGCCGGCCAGGGCUGCGCCGGACCGCCUAGCCGCCCCGUUCGGCUGGCCGCAGGCCUCUUCGUACCCGGCCACCUCGUCGUCGCCGGGCUCGACCCUGGCCGUGGGCGGCGCGGCCGCCGGCGCAGGGCUGCUGGUGCGCGAGUACGACCGCUUCUGGCAGCUGGUGGAGAAGAUCGCGAGCUCACCCAGCCUGGUGCCGCUGGGCCCACUGGCCCGCGCGGCCGACUACGAGCGCGUGUGCUUCGUCCACGUCGACGAUAUCGCCCUGGCGCGGCGCGGGGCGCGCUCGUCCACGCCGACCAAGUGGCGGAGGCAUCGGCGUAGCCCCCGGCGUGGCAGCCCCAGCUCGUCCAGCGAGGAGGAGUCCCCAUGUGAGUCCGAGGCAGCUGCGCUGCCGGCGCCCUUCCUCCCGGACGCUCCCCGCAGCCCACACACCGCGGCCCUCGCGCAGCCGGAUGACGUCCUGGACGGGGUCCUCGACGAGGACCUGAUCCUGCCGCCGCCCACGCCCUUCUCGUCGCCGGCCGCGUCCAAGCUCCCGCGGCACCCGCGGCCCGAGUCCCCGGCCGUGGCGGCUGGGAGGCCGCCCGAGGUGCGCCGCGCGCCCCUGGCUGACCUCCGCGCCGACGCCCCGGCGGCCCCGGUGGCCGUCUGCGAGGACGUCGUGAUCCUGCCCGACGUGAGAGAGCAGCCGCCGCACGACGAGCUGCUUGAGCGCCUGCAGCUGCUGGCGGGCAGACCGCUGCCGGGCGCCGAGGACCUGGACAAGGUGGACGUCGAGGAGGACAGCUCCGUGCUGCAGCUGCUCGUCCUCACGCCCACCGACGAGCGGGCGGACGCCCCCAAGGACGGCGUCGUCGGGGCCGCGGGCCGCCCCCUGCUGUGGGGCGCCCUCAAGGGCCGCCGGGCCUGCGCCGGGUUGCUGCGCCUCCGCGUGCCCUACUUCUUCAUCCUGGUCGGGAUCGUGCAGGUGACGCUGUACCGGAUGCCCUCGCCCCUCGAGGCGCAGGAGCUCAAGAACAGGUUCGUCUGGGACAGCGGCCGCAUGUUCGCCGAGCCCUGGCGCACCCUGUCGUACGCCAUGCUGCACUCGGGCCAGAUGCACGUGUCGCUGAACGUGGCCGUGCAGACCAUCGUGGGCACACCGCUGGAGCGCGAGCAGGGCGCGCUGCGCGUGGCGGGCGUGUACUUCGGCGGCGCGGUGUACGGCGCCCUCGUCACGGGGGUCGUGUCGCCCGCGCUGCUCAUGGUGGGCGCCUCGGCCGGCAUCUACUCCAUCCUCAUGUCGCACCUGGCGCAGAUCUGGCUGAACGCGCACUCGGUGCGGUACGGCAAGACGCGCGCCGGCGCCGUGCUGCUGCUCACCGGCGCCGACAUGGCCUACACGGCGCACCACGCCAUCAAGCUGGGCAACGCGGCGCCGCGCAUCGGGGUGACGGCGCACUGCGCGGGCGCGGUGAGCGGGCUGUUCCUGGGGCUGGCGCUGUACCGCACCACCGUGCCGGCCGCGGCGGCGGCGGCUCACCAGGCGCACCAGGCGCACCAGGCCCCGGGCCCCUGCACCUCGCCGCCGCUGUACCGCGCCGCGCACAUCGGGUCGGCGCUGCUGCUCGGCGCCACCGCCCUCUUCUGCCUGGUGUGGGUGCACCUGGCGCAGCAGAGCGCCGCCGCCGCCGCGGCCGCCGCGCUCGAGGCGUAGCAGCGGCUCGCGUUCACGCCCCUGCCCCCCGGCCAGCACUGGUACACCGGCUGGUGAGCGGGCCCAAGAGUGUGUAAGUGUCGCGCACUUGUGCAAGCGUCAAAUGUCCCUAUCGCACCUGAGUGUAACCCCAAAGUGUGCGCGCGGAACGGAAGUUAAACGCACACAAGUGCGGGCGACAUUACUCUUGGUUUUGCUCUGUGCAACGAGUCGGGACUAGAGAUGGAAAAUUACCAAAUAGUUGGUAGAAAUACAUCUACAUCUAAACUCCAAGGCAUUUAAAUAAAAAAAAAUAUUUUAAUUUUUUGUGAGAAAACGAUUUUCUUCUACUUAUUUUUCGAUGAAGAAUUUCAGUUGUUCCAUCUCUAGUCGUGACGACAUUUCUUGGCCAUAGCGGUGCUUUACUCCUUACUACUUACGUUUCAGGUGUCUGAAACUUUUUGUGCGACUGUGUGCUUUGUGGUUUUUGAAAACCGUGCCUCACUGACCGUUUGGCGCCUUACAAGGCAAGAGUAGGCAAGUCGCCCACACACGUGCGUGCGGUAAGGCUAAGUGCGCAAUUGCACGUUUUCUUUUAAUUUAUUAUUGUUUUAGAUACCUGGUGGAACGAUGAGGAAGUAAGUGAGGUUCCGUUAUGACUAAGCAUGUUGUCGUUGCCUAACGGGGAGGGGUUUGAACGCGCGUUUAUGGAAGAGUCUUCCGAGACGAGGACAAAAGUGUUGUUGUGUCCACUUUUGUGGCAAAGUUUCUUCAUCCUGAACUCUCUGUGUCUGUAUUUCAUGUCGCUUAUAUGAGGGGUUUUGUAUAAAUCUCUGUGUUCUUGUGUGUAAGACUGAAACAUAACGAAGAUAUUUGUUAAAUUAUUAUUUUGCUUGACCAAGACAGGUGGACUUGAGCUCAGAAAUAUAUUCUAGUUUAAUUCCCGUGUUCUCUCAUGACAGGUGGCCUUACCCACCGUUUAGCUCUUCCAUACGAUCGAUCUUCCUGGAAAUAGUGAAGCAACUGUGUUAUAAUCCUAGUUAAACGAGGUGCCAACCCCAUACUGCUGUCAAUUUAUCGCUCAAGUCAUUAACGCACCAAUAUGUCUUAUUUCGAUUGUGAUUUUUUUAUAACCAAUCUCAUCUGAAUGUUGGUCCAAAACCUUUAAAAUGCUGUACACACGUCUUUAAAGCCUGAUCCGGGAUCCCCAAAACUUCGUUUCCCCGGGCAUGUAAGGUUGAGUAAAUGAGUCUAGUCACAGCAUGUUGCCAUGUGUAGAAAAGCACGUACAGUUCUUUUUUGUUACCAUAAUAAUAAAACAUACUCGUGUGUCAACACAA